CAACAAACGUAGACGAAUGUCGCAAACCUUCUCUUCACCUCUUUCGUUCACGAAUACCUCUAUCAAGCCAGUCCAGGAUGCAUAUCCAGGCGUCCUUUCUUCUUCCACACAGCCCAUCCUCCCAACAGCAAUGUCAUCGUUGCAUGCUGGCCCGUCCACUUGGCGACCUCCAGCACAUUGGAACCUAGCCCAGAAUCAGCCGCCCGCCAAAAAAGCAGCACCUAGAAAAAACAGGACACAGGAGGAAAGUAGAAUAUCGGCACAGGUUGCAGCCAAUGUAGCUACUUGUCUUGCAGCAGACCAAGCGGCGGUUACACAUCCAGAGGUGGAUACUCCUUUCUCCGAUACUCUCGACAUCAUCAAGCGUCUCCUACCCUACCACGUAUACCAACAGCCAUCAGAUGACCUGCAUGCACUUAUCCACGGAAAUGUAGGCAAAGGCAAGGGUAAGGCGACCCAUGAUGACCUUAACAGGGAGAUACACGAAACGAAAUUCGCGCUAGAAUGUUUCAAGCGAAGGAAGAAGUUGGAAGAACGCUUUCGGAAAGCACGUUUGAAAUCUGGACGGCGUUCUGCGCCUAAUGACCAGGCGGUCUUCCUUGCCCAAGCGGUUUUAGAAGGCGAACGCGCUGACACUGUCACGUUAAACAACGAGCUUCGCACCGCUCGGACGGAACUAGACCGACUCGAAAGAGAGAAGCGUGUUGCCACGAAUGCACAGCGGACAUCGUAUUACAUGGCUCAGCCGGUGACGCCAGCUACCACAACCACAAGUCGACCCUACUACCAUCCCUACCCGUACGCGUAUGCAUAUGGUGCGCAUGUACAGCCAAGUUCCACAUCCUCAUUUAGUGUUGCGCCUGUGACGCCAGCACCCGCCGCCCCAGCAGCCACAGCACCAUACCAGCUAGGAAGUGCUAUACCUGUCCAGCUCCCUGUUUCAUCACUCCCAGCUCUUCAUCAACUCGGCAUCGUGCCCGUGGCCCCUACAUCUGUGACGGAUGGGCAACCUGCACCGCCUGCGGUGCUUCGAGGCUCGUCGGCUAAUGGUACCAUGUUGAGCCUGGAGAUCAAUGUUUCAGUGCUGCAGUCUUCACAGAUGAGUGGAUUGGCGGUCAUAUUGAAUUCUUUGAUGUCUAGAAGCACUAGUAGUAGCAGUAGCAGUAGUAGUUCUGGGGGAUCAACGGCCGUUCCAGCGAUCUCAGUUCAGGGAACAGGUGGUCCGAUGCCUACAACUGCUUCAGCGGCUGGGAGUGCCACUUUUGGUGCUAGCAGCCAAGGUGCCAGUCGGUCCUGAAAGGAAUCGCAGCGUAGAGUAUGAGUAUUUCUGUGCAGCACGUAAUGAAUAAUAUAUAUUUAACUCAAAGGCCC